CAUCCAUUUAGAUGACUAAAGUUGGAGAUAGAGCGACGGGAGCUGAAACGAACCAAAAUCUAAAAGAUUUCGAAUAUGCUACUUGGUAUCAAUAGAAUGGUUUAAUUCGAGUAUUAAUUUAUUGAAUAUAUAAAAAAAUGCUUUUUAGGGUUUUGCUUGCCCGAUAUAAUCUGGCGCAUACAAGUUAAUUUACUUCUCUUUUGUGUUAUCGGCGGAAGCAGAGGCAGCGAAGGUGCAGAAUCCUCUUCAGUUCUGUGCAAGCGAAAAUGGCCGUCACAUUCGCCAACCUGCACACUACAGCAGGAGUGCAACAACUUGAUGAAUUUCUCCUGAGCCGAAGUUAUAUUACAGGAUAUCAGGCUUCCAGUGAUGAUAUAACAGUAUUUUGCUCUCUGGGGAAAGCUCCCGGAUCAGAAUAUAUUAAUGCCACUCGUUGGUACUACCAUGUUGCUGCUCUUCUACAUCCAAGGUUUUCUACUAAGGGUGUUGGGGUACAAAUUGGGGCUGCGGUUGAGAAUUCUUCUGCUGCUCCUGAAACACCACCGCCAUCAUCAUCAAAGGCACCUGCUGAGGAUGAUGAUGAUGACGAUGUAGAUCUCUUUGGUGAAGAAACUGAGGAGGAAAAGAAGGCGGCAGAAGAAAGGGCUGCAUCUGUUAAAACGAAAACUAAGUCAAAAGAAAGUGGGAAAUCUUCAGUUCUUUUGGAUGUCAAGCCCUGGGAUGAUGAAACAGACAUGCAGAAGCUUGAGGAAGCAGUACGUAGCGUCCAAAUGGAGGGCUUGUUCUGGGGAGCUUCAAAGCUUGUACCUGUAGGAUAUGGCAUCAAGAAACUGCAGAUCAUGAUGACCAUUAUCGAUGACCUUGUCUCUGUGGACGGUCUUGUGGAGGAUCAGCUCACUGCUGAACCAUGUAACGAGUAUAUCCAAAGUUGUGAUAUUGUCGCGUUCAACAAAAUUUAACUGGUCAACUACAGAAGCAAUUUCAUUCAAGUGACAAAGGUCAAACUAUUUGAUCCUUUUUAAUGCACGUUGAGCAAUUUUUUUAACUUUUUAGAUCAUUAUGUGAGUUUCCACGCGGAUGCAAGUAGUAGUUUAUUCAGGAAUGAUUCGUACUGUAGGCUACAUAUCUAAGUUAGAUUACAUAUUGUCUCUAAUUUGUAACCUUCCGCAUAAUCGGCACCGAUAUACUCGGUGGUCGUUGGCCAGCAAACCAUUGCUUGGAAUUUGGGUAUUAUUAUGUUUACUUAUUUAUUGUGCUUGGUGAAUACAUAAAUUUUCUCUACUGCAA